CUUCUCACUCUCUGAUUGACAAUGGAGGUUGCCACCACAGCUUCUAGCUUCGCACUAAACAAGCCAAUGUUGGCAAUGGCAUUGCCUUCUUCAUCUCGGACCAUAACCCCCACCCCUGUCAGAGCCAUCAACUCCUCCUCUUCCUUCAGGACUUCUCUCUCCACCAAUUUCGUUGCUCCUCUCGCCGGAAUCAGCAGUUCCUCCUCCCUCUUCUCUGGCCACAAGCUCCGACCGUCGUCCCUCAAUCCAGCGUCGUUUCCUGCUUCCAAACCUAAACGGGGGGUCGUUACUAUGGUUAUUCCUUUUACAAGAGGAAGUGCAGAGGAGCAACCUCCACCAGACCUAGCUUCGUAUUUGUUCAAAAAUCGAAUUGUUUAUUUGGGCAUGUCUCUUGUUCCAUCUGUCACUGAGUUGAUACUAGCUGAAUUUCUGUACCUUCAAUUUGAAGAUGAUGAAAAGCCUAUUUACCUAUACAUAAAUUCCACUGGGACAACUAAGGGAGGUGAGAAGUUGGGUUAUGAGACUGAGGCCUUUGCAAUUUAUGAUGUGAUGAGGUAUGUCAAGCCUCCUAUUUUUACUCUUUGUGUUGGUAAUGCUUGGGGAGAAGCUGCCUUACUUUUGGCUUCUGGUGCACCGGGAAACCGUUCUUCUUUACCAUCAUCAACAAUAAUGAUAAGACAGCCAAUAGCAAGGUUUCAAGGUCAAGCAACAGAUGUUAACCUUGCGAGAAAAGAAGUCAAUAAUUUAAAGACAGAAAUGGUUAAAUUGUAUGCAAAGCAUACUAAAAUGUCACCUGAGCAGAUUGAAGCUGAUAUUCAGCGUCCGAAGUAUUUCACCCCUAGUGAAGCUGUUGAGUAUGGAAUCAUAGAUAAGGUAUUAUACAAUGAGAGGAGCACUGAAGAUCAUGGAGUUGUUUCUGACCUUAAAAAGGCACGGCUUAUUUGACUGUUUGAGUUAAAUUGCUAUUUUCUUGGAGUUUUCAGCUGGAAUGGAAGAUCUAGAAGAUCAACAGUCAAACUGUGUAACUGUGCUAAGCCCUGGUCCAUGCGAGUAACGGACAGACAUUAGAGUCUCAUUGUUAAUACCGUUGAUUAUAUUUCUCUCCGAACAAUAGGCCAUAGGAUCUACCUCUACUUGGUUUGUAAUACACCUGAUUGGAUUCUGUUGUACACAUGAUUGUAUUCGGGUUCAUUCUAAUUCAAAAUGUGAUAGAUUUUUGUCUUCCAGUACAAGAACUAAACUCAUUACCAUUAAUGGCAAUGUUUAGCGAAAAUUAUAAAAAAGAUAUAUCAGAUUUUAAACAGUAACAAAUUUAAGAGUUGGAGAAAAAGAAGACCUUGCUUGGUGCCGAUAGCAUUAACACACUCUGGCCUCCAUAUA